AUGGAGUCACUAGAGACGAUGGAGCCAGGGCCUAUGCAGGGAAACGAGGAAGGGCGACCCUCGGCGUCAGCUGGCGCUCCGCCCGGCCCCAAAGAAGAAGCGGCGCCUGCAACACCUCCCACAGCACUCCGCGGAGACUCCACAACUACCGAUCUCAGCGACAACCACGGCAUCUCAUUGCGCGCAGUUGACCCGGUUUCUGUGCGAUUGGAACAUCUCACAGUUUCAGUCGAUGAAUCGCCAACGGCACUUGCUCGCGCCUUCUCGAAGAAGAAGGCGUCACCAGAGACCAACCAUGUCAAGACUAUACUUGACGACAUUUCGGCGGACAUGCCAAGUGGAAGCCUCACAGCCAUAAUAGGUGGAAGCGGAAGCGGAAAGACAUCGUUACUCAACUCCAUGAGUGGGCGUUUGGCCGUAGGAAACCGACUUGCCACUUCCGGAAGGACCCUAUUCAACGGUAGCGAAGAUGUAUCCGGUAUCAGGAGCGCAUAUGUUAUACAGCAAGAUAUCCUUCUGCCGACGUUGACUGUCCGAGAGACUCUGACGUAUGCUGCCCAACUGCGACUACCCUCUUCUGUUGACGCAAAAGAGAGGAAGCAGCUGGUUGAAGAAGUCAUCUUGGAGCUGAGCUUGAAAGAAGCUGCAGACACCAGGAUCGGUAACAACGCGCACAAGGGCUGCAGUGGCGGAGAGAAGAGGAGGACGAGUAUUGGCGUCCAGCUCUUAUCAAAUCCCUCGCUUUUGUGGCUGGAUGAGCCGACCACUGGAUUAGACUCAACAAGCGCCCACCAGGUGGUGAAAACCCUCCAGACUCUUGCUCGAAACGGACGAACCAUCAUCGUCACCAUCCAUCAACCCCGUUCCGAGAUCUGGGAUCUUUUCGACAAUGUCAUCCUCCUAUCACGGGGCAGUCCUGCGUAUGCUGGCAGCGCAAAAGAAUGCCUUCCGUACUUUGCUAAGCUUGGUCACGAAAUGCCACCAUUUACAAAUCCAGCGGAGUAUCUCAUUGACGUCGUCAGUAUCGACAAUCGGAGCGUGGAAGCAGAAAUGGCGGCACAGGAUCGAGUUGGUCGCGUAAUAGAAGCAUGGCGGACUCAUUGCAGUAGUAGCGCUCAAGAGAAGUCCGAACCACCAGCUCCGGCCACUACGAUGACGCACGAUCAGCGGAAGAAGCAACGUGCCAGUAAAACGUCGCUCAUGCAGCAGACUCACGUACUGACCGCACGAACAUGGACUGUGACAAUUCGUGACCCUAUGGGCCUGUUUGGAAGUCUUGUCGAAGCCAUCGGCAUGGCAGUCAUUACAGGAUGGAUCUUUUUGCAGCUAGAUGGCUCACUAUCUGGUAUACGAUCCCGACAAGGAGCAUUGUACAAUGCAGCGGCGCUGCAGGGCUAUCUAAUCUUGCUCUACGAGACAUAUCGACUUACGACCGACAUCCAACUUUUCGACGAAGAGGCACGACAAGGUAUCGUCAGCAUACCAGCCUUUCUCAUCUCUAGACGACUAGCCAGAAUUCUGCUCGAGGAUGUACCAGUGCCUCUCAUCUUCUCGCUGAUCUACUACUUCUUCUGCGGAUUCCGUGCGGACGGAGGCCAGUUCCUCACGUUCUUCGGUAUCAUACUGUUACACCAGUACAUCGCCGUAUGCUUCGCUAUGACCUGUGUCGCGUGCUCAAGACACUUCGCUGGAGCGAGUUUGGUGGCUAAUCUAGCCUAUACCUUACAGUCUAUGGCUUGCGGUUACUUUAUCCAGUCAAACACGAUUCCCAUCUACGUACGCUGGACGAAGUGGACAGCCUAUGUCUUCUACGCCUUUGGAGCAUUAUGCGCCAACGAGUUCUCCGGCUCUUUCUACGACUGCCCAUACGAGGGCGGACGUUCAAAUCCAGCGUGCAAAGAGUACGACGGAGAGUUCAUUAUGGACUCUCUUGGCUUUCCGAACAACUGGGUUUGGAGACCCAUACUGGCUCUACUUGGAUUUGCCAUCGCCUUCUAUGUGGGAGCAGGAGUCCUGCUCAAGUUCUGGAACGCCGAGAUCGCUAUGGCUCGUGCCAGACCGUCCAACAUGGAUGCCUCUGCUGGCAAAGAAAAGAUGAGCGAGCGUGUGGCAGACAACGUCAGGACGAUCGAUAUCCGCUUAGAGGGCUAUGGAAUGGAUGUGGAGAAACGAUCGUUACGGAAGCGCUGGACCAAGAACAUCAUCAAGCCUCUUACCGCCGACUUCUUCCCGGGGUCGCUGAACGUCAUCAUGGGACCUUCGGGCUCUGGGAAGACAUCUCUGCUAAACAGCAUGGCGAUGAGACUCAAAGACGACACAUCAACGCGGUACAAACGGUAUGGCACCAUGAGCUAUAAUGGCCUCAUCCCAGCCAAAGAGGUCGUCCACUCUAUCUGUUCUUUCGUCACCCAGGAUGACGACGCACUGCUGGCGUCGCUGACAGUGCGCGAGACGCUUCGUUAUGCAGCUGGUUUACGACUUCCGAAGUGGAUGUCGAAAGAACAGAAGAUCCAGAAAGCCGAGGAGAUCUUGCUGAAGAUGGGUCUCAAAGACUGCGCAGACAACCUCAUAGGCAACGAUCUUGUCAAAGGCAUCAGUGGUGGCGAGAAGCGCCGAGUGACAAUCGCUGUGCAGGUACUCACAGAACCUAGAGUGCUGUUGCUUGACGAGCCUUUGUCGGGAUUGGAUGCGUUCACAGCACUGUCAAUCGUGGACGUACUUCGCGGUCUAGCCCAAGAAGGUCGUACACUCAUCGUUACAAUCCAUCAACCUCGCAGCGACCUCUUCGCACAUUUCGGUAACAUCCUGCUCCUGGCCCGCGGUGGACAUCCCAUCUAUGCCGGCCCUGCCGACAACAUGUUAGGCCAUUUCGCCAACUUGGGCUACGAAUGUCCUCGUCACGUCAACCCAGCGGAUUUCGCUCUCGAUUUGAUCACUGUUGACCUUCAGCAUGAGAGACGUGAGGCCGCCAGUCGGAAGAAGGUACGCAAGUUGGUCGAGUCGUGGAACGCUGAUGUCUACCCUGUCGCUCGAACUGGGUCAAUAACUACGCCGGCUGAGUUGGGAAGUAUGGCACGAGAACCAUCGUCUUUCGCCGCAGCAUAUUCCAUUCUGAUUCGGCGUGCGAAGAAGAACAUGUUCCGGCAGCCAGACAUUCUGAUCGCGCGCGUCAUGCAAGUUGUCGGAUUGGGUAUCGUGCUUGCGCUCUACUUCGCACCGUUGAAGACCGACUACGAAUACGUGCAAAACAGGAUGGGGUUCCUUGUCGAGAUCGCCCCGCUCUACUUCGUCGGCAUGCUUAACAACAUCGCCGUCUACCCAAUCGAGAGAGACGUCUUCUACCGCGACUACGACGACCGUAUAUACGGCGUCGAAGCCUUCUUCCUGACCUACAUCUCCAUCACCACGCCCUUCGAAAUCAUAAGCUGCCUCGUCUUCUCCGUCCUCGCCGUUUUUGCCGUGGGCCUGGAACGCAAUGCGCAAACGUACUUCAUCAUCACCUUCAACGCCUUCUGCAUCACCAGCUGCGGCGAGAGUCUCGGUAUCGCUUUCAACACGCUCUUCACCCAUACUGGCUUCUCAGUGAACUGUAUGUCGGUUUUCCUCAGUGUCGCACAGGUCAUGGGUGGUGUGUUGUCUCUCGACGUUCCAGACUUCCUGCAAGCGUGGAAUCAUCUUUCGCCUGUGAAGUGGGCUGUUGGUAACAUGGCGCCGUACACGUUACGUGGCCUGGAGUUUACAUGUGACGACUGGCAGAAGGUGAAUGGGCAGUGCCCUAUCCAAACCGGAGAGCAGGUGCUGGACUUGUACAAACUGAACAAGAACCCGGAGAUGAAUCUCAUGGCUCUGGGGAUUUGCGCUAUCGUUUAUCGGUUCCUGGCGUAUGUGGUCCUGAAGAUGGUCAAGGAACGCUGGAUAAACAAGCUGUGGAGGAAGCUGGGUGGCGGUAAGAAGAAGCAAACGAAUCAGGCACCGCAGUCGGGAUAG